CACCAGUAAACCCUAAACCUAGCCGGUCCAUUCUUUUUCUCUCUCUCCCUCUCGUGCUUUCUCUCUUCCCUUCAGCCAUGGCUGACAAACUACAUCCCGCAACAACCGUGACCAACAUUAAGACUUGCAUUCCCAUCCUUCUUGAUUACGAAGGCAGCCUCUACCACAAUUGGUCCACCUUAUUCAAGCUACACUGUCGUGCUAACCUUGUCUUAGACCAUAUUCUUCCACCGAAGGAUACACCCACUGCAUCUUCCACCAUCACCGAAGCAGACAAACUCGCGGCUAAAGCUUUGUGGGAGCGACUUGACGAUAUUGCUCGUCAAUGGAUUUAUGGUACUGUGUCGAAUGAUCUCCUAAAUACGAUCAUUAAUCAAGAUGACACCGUCGCCGAUGCUUGGAACCGCCUCCGACAAAUUUUCCAAGACAAUAAGUCGGCCAGGGCACUCGCCCUAGAUGCUAAAUUCACCACCACCAGAUUGGCAGACUUUCCCAAUGUCAAGGCUUAUUGCACUCGGCUCAAGGUUCUCUCGGACCUCCUAGCCAACGUCGGACAACCCGUUUCUGACGAAAGAUUGGUGCUUCGCACCCUCCGUGGUCUGACCGAUGAUUUCAAGACUUUCCGGACAACCGUGCAACACCGCACACCCCUACCGACCUUCGACAAAUUAAGGUCAAUGCUCGACCUUGAAGAAGACAGCCACACCGACGACAUUGCCGUCGAACCAAGUUUGGAAAAUGCUUUGUUUGUGCAAAAUAAUAAUCCUGACAUUUUGGUUAAUGGUGGCCAGCAACCCAAUAAUAAUGCCAACAACAGGGAAAAUAACAACAGGGGUCGCCGAAACAACCGCGGUCGCGGAGGUGGUGGUAACCGCAAUAACCGCGGUGGAAAUGGUGGAGGAGGCAACCACCGUGGCAAUAAUCAGCCGCGCCCAAACCAACAGCAGCAGCAACCCAUAACUGCUCAACCUUGGAUGUUCCCUCCGUGGGCCGCGUGGGGACCACAACCCUGGGCCACCCCCGCCUGUCCACACCCGACCACCGGGUGGCAGCCGCGUUCAGCUACGUCUUCCCAGCAGCAGCAGCCGGGUAUUUUGGGAGCAAGGCCUCAACAACAAUCUUACUUCAUGGCCACGCCAUCCCCAUACUACGUGGCCACUUCUUCUAAUGCUCAUGUGCCAACGGAUAUUGAACAAGCCAUGCACACUAUGACUAUCCAACAACCGGAUGAUCAAUGGUACAUGGACACCGGAGCCACCUCUCACAUGACCUCUUCCCAAGGAUUUGCGGACGGGGAACAAACUAAUGAGAUGUGAAAGUUCCGGAGACCUAUACCCAUUCACCACCAAAAAUCGAGCCAAUUCCACCACCACUCCAUCUACUUUUGCUGUUAUUUCAUCAAAUGUGUGGCACUCUCGUUUGGGUCACCCGGGAGAUGUUGUUUUAAAUUCCUUAUGUAGUAGUAAUUUGAUUAAAUGUAAUAAGGCUCGAAACUCUGUUUGUCAUUCCUGUCCUUUGGGAAAACUUGUCAAAUUGCCUUUUUAUAAUUCUUUAUCUACUACUACUAAGCCGUUUGACAUUGUUCACA